AUUUAAUGAACAACACAAUUAUGUCAAGUAAUGGAACCACUUAUGCCUUAUAGGCUCAAUUAGGCAGUGGUUCAUUUGGAACAGUAUAUCAGGUCUUAGAUCUCAAAACAAACAAGUAAUAUGCCUGCAAAAUAGUAAUAAAUUUUAGUUAAAGUAUAGAUUUCAAAAGGAUUGUUAUAUAAAUACAAUGCAGAAUCAAUGAUUAGACAAGAAAUACAAAUUCAAUCAACACUAAAUCAUAAAAACAUACUCAAAGUCUAUCAUUCGUUUGAGGACUCUAAAAAUAUUUAUAUCAUUUCUGAAUUCUGCUCUCGUGGUUCGUUGUAAAUUCCAAAGACUCCAUAUUAAGAGAAAGAUGUUUUCAACAUUUGUAUUUCAAUGUUGGGUGCACUGGAUUGUUUGCAUUAAAAUAAAAUAAUCCACAGGGAUUUGAAAGUAAUAUAAUAAUUAUAUCUUCUAAAUAUAGUUAGAAAAUGUUUUUCUUCAUGAUGAUGGAACCUAUAAAUUGGGCGACUUUGGUUGGGCCACGUAUAUCGACAAAGUGGAGCCCAUUCUUUGUGGAACUACCGAAUAUAUGCCUCCUGAGGUUGUUCUGAAAAAGUAACAUGAUUAUAAGGUGGAUUGUUAUUCGCUUGGAACUUUGAUAUAUGUAAUAUAUAGAAGUAAAUAUCAUUUCUAGAUCUUACUGCAUACUCAUUACCCAUUUUAAGCCAAUUCUUAGUCUGAACUAAUUGCCAAAAUUACCAGUCAAGAAGUGAUUGUCAAUAGUCAUAUUGAUGAGGAUUUGUAAAUUCUAAUACAAGCAUUGUUGACUAAGGAUCCCAAUGAUAGGCCCACAGUUCAAUAAUUGUACCUAAGUAGAUGGAUAAAAAAUUAGAUGAAGUUGAAUAAUAUCUUCAAUAAGUAUGAGAAUGAAUAACUCAAAAACAAAUUUAGAAAUAAAAAUAUCGCAAUAAAAACUCUGGAAGUGAAGUAAAUAUUUAGUUUUAUAUUUUCAUAGUGGAUCAAUCAAAGGCAGUCUAUCUGAUAGUCAAAAAAGCUCAUUAACUCAUAGUUCAAGUACUCAAAUUAGCUCAUCUAAUAAUGCUUGCUCCCCUGUUUCAAAUAAAGGGAUUAUCGAUUCGAUAUUCAACUUCAAAGAAUUUGAUAAUAUUAACUCUGUACCAUAACCAAAACUUUAUUGAG